AUGCGCUUUGCCAUGGGAGUUCCUUGGCAGCACUCUUCCCACCAGCCCUCACCUGUCUCGCCCGAGGAAGCCAUGGCUUUCACGCUAGCAUGCGCGGAUGGAUGGCGACCCACGAGGCCCAUAGCCAGAGGAGGGCAGCCGCCUACAUUGGAGCCGCCGUUUGACGUCCCCAGAUCCACUCCGCCUAGCAAAUUUCUGCUGGAAGCCUUCGGAGAGGGCCUUUCGCGCUUCAUCUACUCCAGAGAGGCAGAACUAGAAAGGAUUGUCCUAUCGGAGGCCAAGGAGGACACUCAGCCUAUGACGGAGGAACCAGUGGAAGCAGCCUCUUCCACGGCUGCCAUACCAGACGAUGAUCAUGAAGCCCUGCUAGUCGCGCGCUUCGCUGCGGAACGUGAUUCUUCAUCUGACUCAGACCAGCCCAAAGAUGCUGAGCCGAGCGAAAGCCUGCGCGAAGCUUCUGGACUCCUGGGUGUGAUAAAAGCCGUUCCGGAAGAGCCUCAUAAGCGAAUGCACGCCCAGGACCAUGCGGUCCACGAUGUGCUAGCCCACGCCUUGGCCCUCAAAGGCCUAGAGACAGUGGACGAUCUGGCCUACGCAUAUCCUGAACUGGCCAGCCUCGAUAGCCUAUUUUCAGGACUCUCGGAAGAGGACAUGGGUGACAUGGGAGCG